AGAAGGAAAUGGCAAACUACUCCAGUAUUCUUGCCUGGAGAGUCCCAUGGACAGAGGAGCCUGGUGGGCUAUGGUCCAUAGGAUCGCAAAGAGUUGGACACGACUGAAGCGACUCAGCAUGUGCAUACAACAGAGGAAACUGAAGAAUUCAGGCAGAACAGUGUUCACUCCUUGUGGGCAAGCACUGCACCUCUCUGUGCCUGGGUUUCAUCUGUUCAAUGGGAUGUUAUUACCUUCCUCCUAGGGAUGUCUGAGCUACAUGGGUUAAUUUAAGUCACACACAUAGCACAGGGUCUGACAUGAUAGUAAAAGCUGGAUAAGUGGCAGAUAUUUCUGAAAACAAUCAAACAAACAAAAAAACACGAUAGCUUUCUACUUCCAACCCCACACGCAGAAUUCAAGCAUUUGAAAUGGAUUAAAAGGCAGGGGUGAGUGGUUAGCCAUUGGCUGAACAGAACCCCCCAAGACCCUAGGGAUGGUUUGCUGUAUCUCCCUGGCAGGGCCCCCGGAGGUGGGUCGUUGGACUUUGAGAUCUGUACUCCAAGAUUCUGAGAACUCAGCUCAGCUGAGGAGGGAAAAGGGCAGGAGAUGGGGUUCAGGGAGGUUGUAGGGCAGAGGGCCUGGAGGGGGCUGCACCCUCCCCUCUUCUUGCACCCUCCCCUCCCUGGUUCCUGACCAUCUCUGCCAGCCUCCUCCCAGCAGGAGGCCUCCCUGUUACCCAGUCGCCCCAAGCCCGGGGAAUAAUCAGCAGAUAAGUCAGGGAGGGGACAGGGCGGCCCUGGGCACGCCUUGGAGAGGAGUGAGGCACCUGGAGGGCAGCAUGGGCUGGCGCACCGACAAUAAAACCCGAGGCUAGGAGCGACUCCGUAGUAUAACCCCCCCAGAGAGCUCCAGGAACUCGCCCGGGCCACACAGCGAGGCCUGCACAGUCGCGGCUCUGACUUCUCUGGGACCCAUGUGGCAGCACACCACGUGCUCGCCGCAUCCAACUCUUUCCCUUCCCGGAGCGCCCCCAGUGAACGCAGGCCAUGCCCGCAGGUCGAGCACGGAGCUGCGCAAGGAGAAGUCCCGGGAUGCGGCCCGCAGCCGGCGCAGCCAGGAGACCGAGGUGCUGUACCAGCUGGCGCACACGCUGCCCUUCGCGCGCGGGGUCAGCGCCCACCUGGACAAGGCCUCCAUCAUGCGCCUCACCAUCAGCUACCUGCGCAUGCACCGCCUCUGCUCCGCAGGGGAGUGGAACCAGGUGGGAGCAGGGGGCGAACCACUGGAUGCCUGCUACCUGAAGGCCCUGGAGGGCUUUGUUAUGGUGCUCACCGCCGAGGGAGACAUGGCUUACCUGUCAGAGAAUGUCAGCAAACACCUGGGCCUCAGCCAGCUGGAGCUGAUCGGACACAAUAUCUUUGAUUUUAUCCAUCCCUGUGACCAAGAGGAGCUUCAAGAUGCCCUGACCCCCUGGCAGAGCCUGUCCAAAAAGAAGCCGGAGGCCCCCACCGAGCGGUGCUUCUCCUUGCGCAUGAAGAGCACCCUCAGCAGCCGCGGGCGCACCCUCAACCUCAAGGCGGCCACCUGGAAGGUACUACACUGUUCUGGACACAUGAGGGUCUACAAGCCCCCAGCACAGACUUCCCCGGCUGGGAGUCCCAACUUGGAGCCCCCCCUGCAAUGCCUGGUGCUAAUCUGUGAAGCCAUCCCCCACCCUGGCAGCCUGGAGCCCCCGUUGGGCCGAGGGGCCUUCCUCAGCCGCCACAGCCUGGACAUGAAGUUCACCUACUGUGAUGAGAGGAUCGCGGAGGUUGCCGGCUACAGCCCCGACGACCUGAUUGGCUGUUCUGCCUACGAGUACAUCCACGCGCUCGACUCGGAUGCAGUCGGCCAGAGCAUCCAUACAUUGCUGAGCAAGGGCCAGGCAGUAACGGGGCAGUAUCGCUUCCUGGCCCGGAGUGGUGGCUACCUGUGGACCCAGACCCAGGCCACAGUGGUGUCAGGGGGCCGGGGUCCCCAAUCUGAGAGUAUCGUCUGCGUCCACUUCCUGAUCAGCCGGGUGGAAGAGACCGAAGUGGUGCUGUCCCUGGAGCAAACGGAGCGACACUCUCGCAGACACAUCCAGCAGGGCAGCCCCUCUCAGAAGGAUGCCCCUAAUCCUGGAGACAGACUUGACACCUCUGGUCCCCGGAUCCUGGCUUUCCUGCACCCCCCUGCCCUGAGUGAGGCUGCCCUGGCUGCUGACCCCCGUCGGUUCUGUAGCCCUGACCUCCGUCGCCUCUUGGCACCAAUCCUGGAUGGGACUUCAGUAGCCGCUACCCCCAGUGCACCCCCAGCCACACGGCGCCCCCAAAGUCCUCUUCCGGCUGAUCUCCCAGAUGAACUACUUGUGGAUGUGGAGAAUGCACACAAAGUCUUGGCCUCUGGGAAAGACCUGCAGGCAGUGGAAACAGAUCUAGAUAUUGCUCAGGACGUCGAUGCUCUGGAUUUGGAGAUGCUGGCCCCCUACAUCUCCAUGGAUGAUGAUUUUCAGCUCAACUCCAGCGAGCAGCUACCCAGGGCCUACCACAGACCUCCAGGGGCUGUCCCCCGGCCCCGUGCUCGGAGCUUCCACGGCAUGUCGCCCCCAACCCCUGAGACCUCCCUGCUGCCCCGCUGGGGGAGUGACCCCCGGCUGAGUUGCUCCAGCCCUUCCAGAGGGGACCCCUCAGCAUCCUCCCCCAUGGUUGGGGCUCGGAAGAGGGCCCUGGUCCCGAGCUCAGAAGACGAGGCAGAGAAGGUGGAGCUCCUGGGCAUAAGACCCCCCAAACGAUCCCCCAGCCCAGAACCCGAAAACUUCCUGUUGCCUCCCCUCAGCCAGAGCUUCCUUUUGACAGGAGGACCAGCCCCAGGGAGCCGGCAGGAUCCCAGCACCCACCUCCUGGAACUGAAUGAGCCCCUGGGCCCGGGCCUCUCCCUGCUCUCUCUCUACCCGGACGAGGACACGGCCCAGCCCAGGAGCCACUUUCAGCUAGCGGCAGGCUUGGCCCAGGCCAUCUGAGUCAGCUGCUCUUCUCCUCAAGAAAGGAUGUCAACCAUACUCCAAGCCGGCAGCCAACGCACAGGAUGGCGGUGCCCGGAGAAGGGUUCCCUCUCUCCUCUCGGUGACCCCCACCCGCGUCGGGCCUACCUCAGCCCCCACCCUUCUGCCCCCCACCAUUUGGGGGCACUCGGGGGUGGUCUCAGCUCAGUGACCUCUGGGAGGGGGUCCCUGGCCCCCUCCUGCUUCACUCAGGACUUCCUUUGAGGUUCUCAAUCCUGGUUACCUCAUCCUUUUCUUCAAUUCUCUUGGCUUUAUUUUCGGUAAUUGGGGGGUGGGGGAAGUUGGGGUUCAGAUCUGUAUUUCUGGGCUCUGGGGUGUAUUGAUAAUCAUAUUCACGUUUCUUUCUAUCCAUCUUUCUCUCAUUCUUAUUUUUGUUGUUUUCAUGGUAUGUUUUUAAUUGCUACAAGUUGCCCGGGGUUUAUAAGUAUGUGGGACUCUGAUCUCCCCCUCUCAUCAUAGGUGUCAGUGGGGAAGGGGGACCCCUGGGCCAGACCAACCGCCCCCUCCUCCACACCCUAUGACUUCUCAUUGAGCCUCCCAAGCAGCCACCUAGCUCUGCCCACACCUCCACUCUGGACUUCCAGCUGGUUCCAGCCUGACCUGGACACCAACUCCAUCGCUGGUUUUUCUAUCAUAGGUGUAGCCUCCUGGCCCUGCUUCCAGACCAUACAACCUCCAACCCUUUCUGGUUCUAGUCCACACUCAGCUUUUGACCCUCUGUGGUUCUAGACCGUGCCACUCCCAGCCUCCUCUGGUUCUAGACUGUACAACCGUCAACAUUCUCUGGUUUUAGAUGGUGAGCCACCAUCCCCAUCCAUCUCUGGUUCCAGACUGCACGAUGCCUAAUGUGGUCUGCUUUAGCUCUCCCAUCCUCCAAACCACUGGGAUUCUAGAUCUCACAGUCUUCAGCUUUUUCUCAUUUUCAAGUUCACACUUUCCUACUUUCUUCUUCACAGUCUCCAAAGCUGUCUGGUUCUAAGGCUCACAACUUCCAACCCCCUCUGGCGCAGGACCACCAGAAUCCUCUGCUUCCAGAACUAACUCUGCCUUCCUCUGGUUCUAGAGCUCUUCCCACACUUCUCCCUUGUUCCCAAUGGCACAUGCUCCCACUCCUGCUGAUUCCAGCUCUUAAGACCAAAGAUUUCCUCUGAUGUUGGACCUCACAACCCCAAGCUCUCAAUUGGUGCUAGUUUUCCUGACCUUUGAUGCAUUUCUUUCCAAAUCCAGACUUUGUAAGGUCUAGAUCAUUUUUGAUUCAUGAUGCCCAGCUUUUUCCUUUUCAACUCCUAGACUUGCUUUUCCCAUCCAAAGGAAGAUAUGAGUUUUAUGUUUUGAGCUUAUAAUUAGUACUUUUUGAACUAGAUACCACAUUCCAGUUCUCCUUCACUCUAGUCCUCAUGACCUCUACCAUUUACUGGUUCUGGACUAUACAUAAACCUCUAUGUCUUGCAACUUACAAGAUUCUCUGAUUUCAGAUCUGAUUAUCUUGCUCUUCUCUGGUCCUAGAAACUGGCUUUAAAUGUCUUCUGAUUUCAGGCCUCAUCCUAGAAAUUCCCUUGGUUUUAGACCUUACAAUCUCCAAUUCCUUCUUAUUCCACAUUUUAUGACUCCAAAUUACCCUCUACCUGGAACUCAGCCCUCAAACAUCUUCUGAUUACAGACCUUGCUUUAUCAACUUUUCUGGUUCUAGACCUUACAGCUCUAAGCUUUUAGGGUUAAGCUCGCCCAAAUCCCUCUGGUUCUAGAACUUGGUCUUCCGACUUUUUCAAAU